UCGCACGGACGGACGAUGUACGAUACGUCUAGCCAUGAGAGUGAGGGAAUUGCGAUGAACUUCUCCUCUUCUUCCCCACUAGACUUUUCGUAAAUCGAGGACUACUUUUUUGUGUGAAUUCUAUCUGUUUGAUUUUCGUGUGUUGCUCGUCUCUCUUCAUCUGCUGUGCUGAUGCGUUCGCCAAUGGCGGUUAGAUCCUCCUCAAGGAAGAAAAUCUCAUUCGAGAUUCUCAGCCGAAGCAGUUGCUUCGAGGAUGAUGCGUCCAUGUCAAUCCUCCGAUCCAGCUCCGAUCCGAUUUUCGGGAACGGAGUCGCCGAGUCGCGGAGGGAGAACGGGAAACGAAGGAGGCAUAAAGGAUCGAAGAAGAAGAAGGGCAAGGUCACCAACGUUGAUGCGAUUCCUGAUAACGGCGAUUAUCGUCAUGUUGUCGCAAACAGCACGGUUGGAGAUUCGAAUUGCGUGUCCACUGGUUUCGGAAAUUUCGAGGUCAGCGGUGAACGGACGUUGUUUGAGGACAGAAUGAGUUAUUUCGGCGGCGGCCGUGGAAGUGGAGGGAGCGUGACGACUCUGUUGGAUGAGGAGACUGUGUAUCAGAAUGGGUUCAAUUUCGGCGAGCUGAGACACAGGAACGUCACCAGCAGUGCCUGCGGCAGCAACGAUGAGCGGAUGUCUGAGUCGAAAACUUCCGACAAGAAGAUUCGACGGGAGGAGAGUGGUGGGGAGCUUAGAUCCUCCGAGGAUCCGCGGUUUCAGGAGGAGCAGCCUCAGCCCACUCCGCCGCCGAUAAGUGAACCCAACGGGAAUGUGAUGACGAGGCUAGAAACGGCGGGAUCUUUGGACUGGAGGCAGCUCAUGGCGGAUGAUCCUGAUUAUAUCUCUGCCGAGAAGAAGUCACCUAUGAAAUACUUUAUGGAGGAAAUUUCCGGCGGAAAUUCUUUACGAAGCACAACUUCUCCCGGAAAUGAGAAAGAACGAGAAAGAGUAUAUGAUGCAAUAUUCCGCUUACCGUGGAGAUGUGAAGUGCUUAUAACUAUUGGUUUUUUUGUCUGCUUCAAUUCGUUUCUGUCAUUGUUGACAGUCAUGCCAAUAAGAGUCUUGAUGAUGGUCUGGAGGCUUUCCAAGAACAGGCAGUUCAAGAGGCCCUCCUCAUCGGAGCUGUCUGAUUUUGGCUGUUUUGUAGUUUUGGCUUCUGGGGUCACUCUCCUGGCAAGAAUAGAUAUCAGCCUAAUAUAUCACAUGAUUCGUGGUCAAAGUACCUUCAAACUCUAUGUGGUCUACAAUGUCUUAGAGAUUUUUGAUAAACUCUGUCAAAGUCUUUGCGGAGAUGUACUUCAGGCCCUAUUCAGUUCUGCAGAGGGAUUGGCUAGCUCAUCUCCUGAAAAGUUGAGAUUUUGGACAUGGAGAUUCAUUUCUGACCAAGCUCUAACUACGGCUGCCUCAAUUCUUCAUUCUUUCAUCCUGUUAGCUCAGGCAAUCACAUUGUCAACUUGUAUUGUUGCCCACAACAAUGCCUUGUUGGCCCUUCUGGUGUCCAAUAACUUUGCCGAGAUCAAGAGCAAUGUCUUCAAGCGCUUCAGUAGGGACAACAUUCAUUGCCUAGUAUAUGCUGAUUCAAUAGAGAGAUUCCACAUCUCGGCAUUCCUGGUGUCUGUUUUGGCUCAAAAUAUUCUCGAGGCUGAGGGUCCAUGGUUUGGAAGCUUUCUUUAUAAUGUUUCUUUGGUCUUCUUGUGCGAAAUGCUAAUAGAUAUCAUCAAACAUUCAUUUCUUGCCAAGUUCAAUGACAUCAAGCCUAUUGCUUACUCUGAGUUCCUUGAAGCCCUAUGCCAGCAGACAUUGAACAUUCAGAGCAGAGACAGGAAGACGGUUCUCACUUUUGUUCCCUUCGCCCCAGCUUGUGUGGUAAUACGUGUAUUGACACCAGUAUAUGCAGCACACAUACCGUACAGCCAACUUCCAGUGAAGAUAGUAUGGAUACUAGUAUUAUCAGGUGUAACAUAUGUGAUGCUCACAAGCCUCAAAAUCCUCAUCGGAAUGGGCCUUCAGAAACACGCCACUUGGUACAUCGAUAGAUGCUGCAAGCGUAAAUUCCACCUCCACACCGACUAAAUUACACAUCAUUACAGUCAUCUUCCUCUCUGAUCCAUUGGAAACAAAGCCAGAGAAAGUUUUGUGUUGGACGAACAAAGGGGGAGGAGGAGGCGCUUAGGUUUCAGUGUCAGGACUCUGACAACCUCAAAGCAGCCGAUAUCUGGUAAUAUGUGAUUUUAUAAUUUUACAUACAGGUGGUGCAUAGUAUGUACAAAGGAUCGAAAGAAAUGUUUUAUGUAUAAACACCCCCAGUUGAGGUUUCCCGGUAACACAUCGCAGAAGGUUAGAAAAAGGAAAGCAGGUUUCUGUGGUGUGAUGUCUUUCCUGACAUGAAUGGAUGGUGACGUUGUGUCAACUUUACAAAACCAGAUGGAGGAAUCCUUCCUGCGCAUGGAGCCAAAGAACAAAAUAUAUUAUAUGCAUUGGUAAUAAGAGUUAUGCCAUCAUGAUUGUGUGAAUCAUCACUAACAACCUGAACCAAGUUAUUUAAGCUAAGGUCUCCCGUGUUUACAUAUGAAUAACUUUGUAGCUGAUUACGAUUUCCAUUCCCUUACUCAAACUAUAGAUUCCGCCGUUAAAACUC